UUGUCGUUGGCCUGCGUGCGUGUUUUUACCCGUUCCUCGUGAAUGUGAAGCAAAACACUUUUCAUCGGCAUCACCCGGGGUGCAGAAGAAAAAUCAAUUCUCGGAUUGAGAUCCGACCGUUUUUCAUCAGAAAAUGUGUCCGUUCCGUAGUAGUGAUGCAUAGAUUCACGGCCAUUAGCCGAGUGUGGUGCGAAUCGGCACGCCGGCUAACCACCCACCAGAGCUUACCGCCCAAAGCCCAAGGACACUUGCAAAUCGUUCGACUGUACGUAAACAAGGCCCCAGUAGAUCAACUAAAAGUAACUGCUGCGAAGACCCAACCCGACGAUAAACAUGCAUUGGGGAAGCAGCAAGUUCCGCAUUCUGUCCCAUUGGCAGUUCCGGUAAUUGUGCCGCCUGCCGCACUAGAUCCCAAAGCUUUAGUCAAUGAGAUUUCCAAGACUAUCAACCUGACCUCGGCUGCCGAUGGUCGGAGUAAAAAGCCCAAAGAUGAAGUCGUCGCUUCUAUUACCUCGUUACCCGGAUUCAGCCGACUGAUUUACCACUACCUGAUGUUGUCCAAGAUUCGACUUACCUCCUUGGUGGUAAUGACAACGAUGGCCGGCUACGCAAUGGCCCCCGCACCCUUCGAGUUGUCCACGUUUCUGCUGUGUGCGGUGGGGACAACGCUGGUUUCGGGUGCGGCCAACUCCAUCAACCAGGUGAUCGAAACUUCGUUCGAUGCACAAAUGCCCCGCACCAGGAAUCGGGUACUGGUUAAGGGCCAUUUGAGCCGUCUGCACGCGGUUGGAUUUGCGCUGGGCGCAAGCUCGAUCGGAGUAGGAAUGCUGUAUUUCGGUGUCAACGAGUUGACGGCCUUUCUGGGGGCAGCCAACCUGAUCCUGUAUACCAGCAUCUACACGCCAAUGAAGCGAUACAGUAUUCUGAACACAUGGGUUGGUUCGUUGGUCGGUGGCAUUCCGCCUCUGAUGGGCUGGGCUGCUUGUACAGGGGACAUCGGCGUCGGGGCGUGGAUCCUCGCUGGUUUACUCUACUGCUGGCAAUUCCCCCACUUCAAUGCCCUUUCGUGGAACAUUCGUCCGGAGUAUCUUAAAGCGGGUUACAAAAUGAUGGCAAACUCCCAUCCAAAGCUUUGCACGUUGGUUUCGUUACGUCACACCGGCUAUAUCACGGCACUGUCACUCCUCGCACCGGCUUUUGAUGUGACCAAUGUUUGGUUUGCCGUAGAGUCACUCCCGGUGAAUGCCUAUUUUGCGUACCUCGCUUGGGAUUUCCACCAGAAAGCUGAUAGCAAAAGCUCUCGGAAGCUCUUUCGGUUUUCCCUGAUACAUUUGCCCAUCUUGAUGGCUCUGUUCCUGCUCAACAAGAAGCAUUGGAUAUUCUCGCAGGAUAAGAACACAGAAGAAACCCUGGCUGCCAUAGCACCGGAAGGAACCUUGGACGCCGAACUGAUCGACGAACAGAAGAACAAAAAGGACGAGUACUUGGUGCCGAACAUUGUCGUUGAGGUGGGAAAUCUUGGCGCGACCGGUGGCAGUAUCAAAGCCAUCGAAGACAACCUUCUGACCAAUGUUGCGAGCGUCUUACCGACUACAACGGCUGGCAAACAGAAGCUAUGAGUGCUGAGAUAAAUUAUAUUUAAAAUGUUGUAAUUUUAAAACGAUACGAAUAAACGGAAACAAAUGGAUCCAUAUAAAA